UUGAAGAGAAAGUGUUCUAUUCACACGUGAUUGGACGAGAGCCGUCUUUGCAGUUGGCAGCUGAAGAUGAUGUUGCCAUGGAAACCUCUUUUCUUGCUCUCAUUCAUUAGCUGCCUUGCAGAGAGCAGCGUACCCCAUGGACCAGUUUGGGCUACAGAACCAACCAAUCUUAUUCUCCCGAUUGAGUCUGAGGCACAGGAGGCAACAUUGAAUUGUGAAGCGACUGGGGAUCCUCCUCCACAAUACAGAUGGAAGCUGAAUGAAACACUCAUUGAUCUUAACACUGACUACCGACUUCGCUUGUCUGGAGGAAGCCUGUUAAUUAAAAGUCUGGACAAAACCCAAGAUGCAGGGAUAUACCAGUGCAUAGCAACAAAUGUGCUUGGAACUAUUGUUAGCAGAAAAGCAAGCCUCGGUUUUGCAUACCUUGAAAACUUCAAAACCCAAACAAGAAGUGUAGUGUCAGUUCGAGAGGGACAAGGAGUUGUGCUUCUGUGUGGACCACCCCCUCAUUCUGGUGAUCUUACUUAUGCCUGGGUCUUCAAUGAGUAUCCAUACUUUAUACAGCAGGACAGUCGUCGAUUUGUAUCUCAAGAGACGGGGAAUCUGUAUAUUGCAAAAGUCAAGCCAUCAGAUGUGGGCAACUACACCUGUGUGGUGACCAAUAGUGUAACGAAAGGCAAAGUUCUGAGUUCACCUUCCCCUCUAGUCCUUCGAAAUGAUGGGGUGAUGGGUGAAUAUGAACCAAAAAUUGAAGUUCAUUUUCCUGACAUAGUUCCUGCAGCUAAAGGAUCUGUUGUGAAACUAGAGUGCUUUGCCUUGGGAAACCCUGUACCUGUGAUUAGUUGGCAGAGGACAAAUGGCCUUCCAUUUCCCAGCAAAGUGAAAGUGAAGAAGUCCAAUGCAGUCCUUGAGAUUCCAAAUUUUCAGCAAGAAGAUGCAGGGGCAUAUGAAUGCAUUGCAGAAAACUCAAGGGGCAAAAACACGGCGAGAGGGCGUCUCUCAUUUCAUACAAAACCUCAUUGGAUACAAACACCUAAAGAUGCAGCUAUGGCCAUAGAAGACAGUAUUGUAUGGGAAUGCAAGGCUAGUGCAAAACCAAAACCUUCUUACAGUUGGCUGAAGAAUGGAGAGACUCUUGUGUUGGAGGACAGGAUACAAAUUGAAAAUGGAGUUCUUUCAAUCACUGCUCUAAAUCUGUCAGAUUCUGGAAUGUAUCAGUGUGUAGCUGAAAACAAACACGGAGUUAUAUAUUCUGGUGCUGAGCUAAGGGUGUUAGCGGCAGCUCCUGAUUUUUUUAAGAACCCAUUGAAGAACUUGCUUAAAGCCCGCGCUGGCAGUGAAGUCAUUUUAGAGUGUAAGCCCCAAGCUUCUCCCAGAGCAAUUAGCUUGUGGAAGAAAGGGGAUGAGAUUCUGCAUGGAAACGAAAGGAUUACUGUUCUGGAGGACGGCACCCUUAGAAUUGCAAAUGUUAGCAAGUCAGAUGGUGGAAGCUACACCUGUGUAGCAAGAAACCAGUUUGGAGUAGCAAGUACCAGCGGAACACUGCUUGUUACAGAUCCAACAAGAAUAACUCAAGGUCCUUCCAACAUGGAGAUAAUCGUGGGAGAAAGUGUAGUUUUGCCAUGUCAGAUUUCCUGCGAUCCAGCACUGGAUGUAUCGUUUAAUUGGUCAUUUAAUGAGCAACUUAUAGAUUUCAAGAAUGAUGGAACCCAUUUUGAAAAAGUGGGCGGGAGUGUAGCUGGGGAUUUGAUGAUUAGAAACAUACAGCUAAAUCACGCUGGGAAAUAUGUCUGCAUUGUAAAUACAGAUGUAGAGAGUUUGUCAGCUGUAGCUGAUUUAAUUGUAAAAGGUCCCCCGGGUCCACCAGAGGCUGUGACAGUGGAUGAGAUUACAGAAACCACAGCGCAGCUAUCCUGGAAACCAGGCAGCGAUAAUGCGAGCCCUGUCACUGGGUAUGCCAUUCAAGGAAGCACACCCUACACAGUAGGCUGGCUGGCAGUUGAUACAGUUCCCAAAGUCAUUGAUGGUAAUACAUUAACUGCCACCAUAGUGGAUUUGAACCCCUGGGUGGAGUAUGAAUUCCGUGUGGUUGCAAGUAACAGUGUUGGAGUUGGAGAACCUAGUGCGGCGUCACUCAAAACCAGAACAGAGGAAGCAGUUCCUGACAUAGCACCUUCUGAAGUAGGCGGUGGAGGUGGCAUGAAAUCUGAGCUGGUAAUCACCUGGGAGCCAAUCCCAGAAGAAUUGCAGAAUGGUGAAGGCUUUGGUUACAUUGCUGCUUUUCGACCUACUGGCACAACGACUUGGACACGAGCGGUUAUAACAGCACUGGGGGUUUCAACAUACACCUUCAGAAAUGACAGCAUUUUACCAUUUUCUCCAUUUGAAGUAAAGGUUGGGGCCUUCAAUAAUAAAGGAGAGGGGCCUUUCAGUUCUAUAACAACUGUAUUUUCUGCAGAAGAAGAACCCAGCAAAGCACCUGACCAAAUUUCUGCCAAAGGAGUCUCAGCUUCGGAAAUUGAAGUCUCCUGGCAGCCUGUAUCCUCAAAGGAGACGACUGGGAGAGUCCUUGGAUAUGAGGUUUCACACUGGGAAGAUUAUACAAAACCUGAGGCAACAGGCACAAUAAGAUUAACCGGAAAUGAGACGUCAGUAAACAUUACUGGAUUGAAAGGCAACAGUUUAUAUUAUAUAACUGUCAGCGCAUUCAAUACUGCUGGGAUAGGUCCCUCUACUGAUUCCAUCAAUGCCACAACCAAAAAAUCACCUCCAAGUCAACCUCCAGAGAAUAUUGAAUGGAGCUUUAUCAACUCAAAACUUAUUUUAAACUGGGAUCAUGUAAUUGCAAUGGAAAAUGAAUCCGAGGUUACAGGAUAUGAAGUUGUAUGCAGACGAUAUCGACAUUAUAAUGACGUAACAGCAGUGAAAACCAAUAGAACAUCAGUAGAGCUGCAGCUUUCCUCAAGUGAUGACUAUAUCAUAGAGGUUAAAACAUUGAGCGAUGGUGGUUAUGGAGUGAGCAGUGGGCAGAUACGCAUUAAGACAUUAAAAAACAGUCCACCUCAUAAAUACAGCCAACAAGGACAAAACAGUGGACCAAUUGAGAAUGCUGGGCCUUCUCCCAGCGAGAACAGACAAUGGGAAAACACUCCAGGUGGACUCGGGCACCACCCCAAAUAA